UAAACUAAGGAAUGGUGCAAGGGGAAUUCAAGGAGUAACACGGUUUAAAGUCCUGGGAGGUGUAAGCGGCUAAGAGGAACACAAAAUGAUAGCUACGAUUUUACUCCUUUGUGGAACAAUAGGACUGGGGCAUUCAAGGCAUCCUGGCCAUAGGACACAGGAUCACAGAUUGUCAACAAAUGCACCACCGUCUUCUUGGCCUGAGAAACACUGGGCAAGAGAGUUUCUCCCGGAGGAACCCUCGAACCAAGCUUCCAGCCCUCUAACUUCACACCAAGGAGAACUGGAUGAUAAUUAUGAAGCUAUAAACCAACAACCUCGACAUGAGAACUGGUGCUCGUUUGUGCAGUCCCGGCUAGUGACGUACGUUGGUGUUUGCACAACAGAGAAGUACAUAAUCAAGUCACAGCAACCGUGUCCACACGGGACUCCAGAUUGCCAGAAGAUUAUGUACAAAGCAGCUUUAAAACCAACCUAUCAGGUAAAGCAAAAAGUCCUGACUUCUUUGCACUGGAAGUGUUGCCCCGGCUACAGCGGCAAGAACUGUGAACACCUCGAGCCAGAUUUCUUUCCAGUGCCCACCUCUAAGUCAGGAGUUUGGGAGGAAGAAAGGAAACCACUCUCAAGCCAAACGUCUUCAUCACCGGAAUCCAGAGACAUCCUGGAAGCUCAUCAGAGCCACGAAGCUCUGCUGGAGGAUCUACAGAAUGACGUCCAUCAAGCAAGGAGUAACUUGGGAGUCUUAGAGCAGGUGCUUCAUUACAACUUCAGUCACCCAAGAGCAGAAGUGAGCCACAACCAAACGGGAGCACAGGAGCAAUUCUUCCAGCAAAUGCUUGUUUCCCCUUUACAGAGUUUCUUAAAGGAACAUUUUAACCCAGUGUGGUCUGGCUUCAACAAAAGUUUACAGGAUCUUUCUACCAUGGUGAAAAAUCUCUCGCACAAUGUUGAGGCCAAUCGGAAAAGCAUAGAGAAAUUCCAAGAAAGCAGCGUGCCGAAGAAAGACUUCCAGGAACUUGGGACCAAGUUUGAAUCCAAAAUUCAGGAAAAUGUAUGGAGAGCCGACCAGAUGAAGAGAGAAGUAGACACCCAUUUACAUUUGCAGCAGGCCGCCAUGCACUACAAUCUCACCACGAUCAAAGCAGAAACUGACAUGAAGCUGAAGAGAUACCACAAGAUACAAAACUCUUAUUUGUUAGCCUUAAACAGCAGCAUAACAGACAUGAGACAAGAACAAGACAAGCUUCACAACGAACUGGAGACUUUGGCGAGAAACUUGGCGGUAUUCCCGGUGCAAUAUAGCAAGCUAAAUGAAGAAGCUGCCAAAACGGACAUACAGAUCCUCAAUCAAACCCUGGCAGGGCACGCACGGGAGCUGAAGGAACUCUAUGAGGAAUCCGAUGAGUUCUACGACGAUUUUAACAAGUUACGGAAUUCUAUUAACGUGUUCAAAGCCAGCUUAACCAACCAACUCAAAGAGCUUAGAGUGGCCUUGAUAGAGAAAAGUCUUAUUAUAGAGGAAUACAAAGGAGACUUGGAAAGGAAGAUCCUCGCCCUCAACGAUACCCUGGAAAAUAUUAGAGAGAGCCACUGGGAUCUAGAAAGGUCUAUGAAAGCAUGCCAUUGUGUCAAACUACCUUCGGAUACUGAUGUGGAAGAGCAAGCAAACGUUAGCCGCGCGAUCCGAGAGGAAAUGAAGCAAUUUGAGGCACAUUUAAAAGCUCUCAAGAACGAAAUCGAUGACCUUGCCACAGCUUUUCGCCUUUUCCAUCAACCUCUGGAUUUCCAGCAGAAGCAGAGCCGAGAGCUGGAAGGUGAAGUCUCUCUUCUUAAGGCCCAGGGUGAAGCUUUGUCUGAGGGUCUUGGUGCCCUGGAAAAAACCGAUGAGAGGAUGCAGGGGCAAAUCAAGUACCUCAACAGCUCUUUUAAUUCUCUGUUGGUAGAUGCCAUGCGACAUGAGACAGCACUAGAGGCCUUGCUUGGAGAAGAAGUUAUGGAACUCUUGACGGAAGAAGAUCCUCGUUCCUUAAUAUCAUCUCUAGAUCAACUUCAGGAGCAUUUCCGAUUAAUUUCAGACCAGCUUGAGAAGCAAAAUAUUACCAUAGAAUCUGUUAUGAAAAGAAUGUACUCCUUGGAGAUGGAUCAUGAGAACGCCUCCAAUGGCUAUAAGCCUCUCAUGUAUCCCAUCCUUGAAAAGCAAAUGGAUAACCCAGUGGAAGAAGUCCAGCAUGUUGGUGUGGAGCACAUGGAGCCAAACCAUGAAGCGACCAGGGAGGACAUGCGGGAUAAUUCUGCAUACCAUGACAUCAUGACUCUAAAGAAAGAGAUUGGACACCUUACCAGGGAAAUGAAGAAACAUGAAUUACAAAGGGACCGUGCCAAUCUCUGCUGCAAUCACACGGCAGUCAACCUGAUGAAUCCAUUCAAUGUUUCACUGGAAAAUUUGAGGGAGGAACUUGCAUCGACCCAACAAACCUUUGGUGAGCAUCUGCAGAUCUUCCAGAAGCUCUUCGGAAGUAACCAAGAGCUGGCCGCCACAAACAUCAGUUUGGAUGUUGCAAAGAUUCAGUUGCUGAUGGGCAGACAGAUGAAGAAGCAGCUUAAAGUUCAGGAGAGGCAAAAAAUGAGAGACAAGAAUGAGGCCAACCAGCACAGGGAAGGCACGUUGAAUGGGAGAAACAAGAUACAGAAGGAGAUCCAGGAGGCAGAUUCAUCUGUGGCAUUUUAUGUGAAGUAUCCAGAAGGAAGAGAAGGGCUGAGCUUCAACAAAACAUAUCUCAAUUAUGGAGAAGGAUAUUUUCCUGAACACGGCUAUUUCAAGUCCCCUCACAACGGCGUUUACAUGGUUGCCAUCACUAUGGAGUUUAUCCCAGGAACUGCCCUUGGGCAACUGGUUUUUAGCAAUGGGCACAGAACCACGGUGCUAGGCAAUAAGAACAGAAAAGGACAUGGAGGAACCAUGACUGCUUUUGCACUAGUAGAGCUCAAAAAAGGGGAACACAUGUGGUUCGAACUCCUGCAGGGCUCUGUAGUGACACAGAACCCAGCGGGGAUGAGCAUGGCUGGAUUUCUGAUUUUCAGAACUUGAAAAGGGCACCUGGGCAAUAAAAUGGUGUCUUCCCUUAAGCCGCACAGAACUACCAAGUGUGUAUUUUCAAAGGUAGUGCUGCCCUCCGUUUGAGUGUGUGCUGCUUUCUAGAAAUAGCUCAGUAGUUGCUUAGCAUCGUCACACUGCACGAGAGAGAGGGGCACUGGAAUUUAUUGCAUUUCUUCCAAGGGAUUAAGAAAUCUUACCAGUUUGGUCCCAGAGACUGACCACAUCUUUGAUUCCGCCCCUCCCUCCGUCUUAGGACCACAAAUGCUAUCGUCUCUUUCCAAAAACAGCGUUUUUAUAAUAGUUUGCAGUAGAAAAGCAAUUCCAUGUCUAUGUGCAUUUGUAUGUAAUUCAGCACAGGCUAGGAGCCCCACAACUUCCUUGCCCUACCAGCACACAGCAGGUGGGAGGGGUGGUACUAAUGUAGCUAUUCUCCAAGUCUUUUCCAGACAACUUCCCUGACCUCUUGCCUUAGUGGAGCACCUUAAUCAAGAACUGAAGGGCACCAGCAGCAGUGCGAGACCCAGCUCUAGAACAGCUGGUGUCCUUUUCAUCUCAAGGGCUAGACCCCGACUACGGCCCCUGUUAAGUGUCUGAAUCUGAAACUAUCAAGGCUUGGAAUCAUGUGCCUUAACAUGGAGAUGAGCUGUACUGAUUAGAUGUAGAGGAGUGAAAUGCCAUGCUAGCAUAAGAUACGUAUGCUGUACUUCUUGACAUUUGCUCUAAGAGAACGGCCAUUGUGGUGUGUAUGUGUCUGACUGGGUUAAAGUUUCUUUGGCCAUAUGAUUUGGGUGCAAAACCAGAAUAUUUACCAGUUUAAGAUUUCAAGCAAACAAAAGUAGCCGCUCCUAUUCCUGAGCAGGGUAUGCAGUAGCACCACAGUGCCUAAUUAUAUAUUAAUGACAUUGCCGCCCUUCAGGACAAUUUAACGCCCACUCAAAGCGGUUUACAAAGUGUGUUAUUAUCAUCCUCAUGACAAUCACCCUGUGAGGUGGGCGGGGCUGAGAGAGCUCUGAGAAAGCUGUGACUGCCCCAAGGUCACCCAGCUGGCUUCAAGUGGAGGAGCGGGGAAUCAAACCUGGCUCUGCAGAUUAAGAGUCCCACCACUCUUAACUGCUACACCAAACUGGAGAGAAAUACCAUACAUCCCAGAUUGUGGUUUGCUUUGCAAAUGGUAGUGUUCCAGUAACACUCAGGAAUGAUAAAUGCUUCUACUGCGCUGUCUUUUUGUUAAGUAUUUAAGCUAUUCCCUGGAGGCACAGAUAAUGCCAUCAAUACCACCUUCUAGAACACAUGGCUAGGGAUUAUUAAACUUUAAACCCUUGUAAGACAUGCUCCCAAGCUCAUUUUUAGUAAUGCAUAAAGCUAAAUUCUUGUCCUUGUGAAUAUCAGAUUAAGCAAUAUGUACUUUGGAAAAAAACCUUAUUUUUAAAUAAAGUCUACUGUUUUGAUUCUUCAA